AUGCAGACAGUCACGACGCUCAGACUUGGUGGAAAUUUUAUUGGUGCCAUUGAAGCAGUAGAACUUGCUGAUCUAAUUAUAAAUAAUAUAACACUCACCACACUCAGUCUUGGAGGGAAUCAAGUCCGAGAUAUUGUUACAGAGUAUUUAGCUGAUGCAUUGGUACAUAACACGGUAAGAGAUAUUCCUAUUUUCUUUUCUGUUAAUAUGCAUUUGCCUUUUGAUAUUUUCUGGUGCAGACAUUGACGACACUCACCCUCGGAAGUAAUCAAAUUGAACACAAUGGAGCCCUACAUCUAGCUAAUGUGUUAAAGCAGAAUCGAGUGAGAAAAAUUCUCAUAAUUCUUAUUGUCUAUUUGAAUGUCUGAAAUACAGUCACUCACCACAGUCAAUCUAGAAAAGAAUCGUAUCGGAACAGACGGUAGUCGACACUUAGCUGAUGCUUUGAAGAACAAUUCGGUGAGCAUAUCCAUGGUGUCGAUGAUUAAAUAUUUAUUCUAGUACAUUUUUUAAUGCAGACACUAGCGACACUCAACCUUGGAGGAAACCGAAUUGGGCCCGAUGGUGCACAGUAUAUCGCUGAUGCAUUGAGAUAUAAUACAGUAAUAAAAGAAAUCUUUUAGUCUAUCUGAAAAGCUUAUGGUUUUUUUGGUGUAGACGCUCAAAUCACUGAAUCUUGGACGCAAUGAAAUCGAAGAUUUUGGGUUAGAACAAGUGGCUAUAGCAUUGUGGCAUAAUAGAGUGAGAGAUUCUAACUUCUUUUCUGUUGGAUAGUCUUGGAUUCUCUGACAUAGACACUUGAAACGCUCGAUCUCAGAUGGAAUCAAAUCAGUGCUGAUGGGUUCGAACAACUGGCCAAUGCGUUGAGACACAAUAGGGUAUGCGAACGAGUUUCGUUAUCAGUCGAAGAUCAUCUUGUUUGUUUUCAACAUAGACACUCACAACACUCAAUCUCUUCGGCAAUGAAAUUGGAGAUGUCGGCAUAGAACAUCUGGCUGACGUAUUAAGGCACAAUCAGGUUAGAGCAGUUCUCUCAUCGUAUAUCUGAAAUUCAGGUCUCUUCGUUGAUAUAGACUCUGACGACACUCUAUCUCGCAUGGAAUCAGAUUGGAGACGCUGGCAUACAACAUCUGGCUGAUGCAUUGAGAAACAAUACGGUGAGAAACUAAUACUUUUCAUCUUACUGAUAAUUUUAUUUUGCCUGAUUUGAUUAAGACACUCACCACUCUUGAUCUUCAACGGAAUAGAAUCGGAGACAUGGGAGCACAGUUCUUCAUCGACGUAUUGGUCAAUAACACAGUAAGAGAAAUAAUCUUCUUUGUCUCGUACUACUGUAUCAUCUUUUAAAUAGACACUAACCACACUCGAACUCUAUGUCAAUCCGAUCACAGAUUGAUUACAUCAGCAAAUUAGUUAUCUACUGAGAAGAAAUAAUAGAAGAUAACAUGAUCGUUUUACGGAUCUCUAUUUUCACAUCAUUUAAUUGACUAUAACUCUCGGGAAGAAUUAAUUUACGGAAUGUGAAUCAUAAAACAAAAAUGCGAAAAUAUUCUUUAAUAUCUUAUAUAGAAGUUUUUGUGACUCAUUUUGUAAGGCACACCUAAUGACUAAAUCAAACAAAAAUAUUUUUGACUGGAUAAAAUCUUGUAAAUACGUGUUUUCUUUAUUUUCUGAAAUCAAGUAUUGGUUGAUCAAUCACAUGAGCAUCAUCGUAUUCUUUCUAAACCUUUCCCACCAUUGCAUUCAAGAUUCUCUACUCAAUUUUUUAAAGCACGACACCAAGAGUCCAGAAGUUAUUGUUUUUUCUUCAGUAUCAAUAACUUAUCACUUACAUCGAUACCGACGCGCACAUCCAUUGCUCACUGCAUGUAUGACCGAACGGAAGACACAGCAGUGUCGGGAGUGAAACAAUAAAACAAAUACAUAAUGGAGUCGAUUACCUUUCUAGAAAUGUAUAAUUGGUGAGAAUUUUCUGAUGAUUUUCAAAUAAGAUCAUUUUAGCCAGCCUAUAAGUCCCUAUCCUUUUAAAACUUUUUUAUCAUUCUAUGUAUAUGAAUAUCCAAAAAAACUUCCAAAUCGGUCAAACAACAAUAGAUUCUUUUUAUUAUUCCUAUGAAAUAAUUUAUCCAAAAGUGAUGAAUUUUAUCAUCUAUACUUUCGGUAUAAUCUUCGCAUAGACGAUUUCAAAUUGGAACAUGAAAUCUGCAAUAUUGUUUGCAAUAUUCAUCGACUACUCGACAUCCUGAGGGUGGGUGCAUAGAUGAGGAUAGGUGUCAGGAGCAUGAAGAGAAAAACAUCAUCCGCCCUUCAAAUGGAACGAUUGUUUUUAAUACUGGGUAUUCGAUUACUCAUGUUCAUGUCAGUUCAAUUUUAAUUUAUUAAGAACUAUAGGGAGUGAAGUUACGUUUAUUUUUAUUCAUAAACAAUAAUAUUAUUGAAACGAAAAGGGUGGGGUGUGGGUGUGGGUGUAGGCCUUCUCUGAUUCCACACCCACACCCUUUAUAAAGAGUUCGUAAAUAG